GAAAUAAUAGACAUUUCCGGUUUAUUUUUGCAGAUUUUUUUUUGCUGAACUGUUUUGUUGUUGUCUACGGUUUAUGAGAAACUAUUUCAGUCAAAUCUGACUAUCCUUAUUUAUUCAAUUGAACCAAAUAGAUAAAGAUGUCAGAGGAUUUGUUGAAACAGUUGGGCAGCUACAAAGCACAGUUGCAACAAGUGGAAGCCGCCUUAUCAACCGACCCUGAAAAUGAAGACCUUCUCAAAUUACAGAAAGACUUAUCGGAAGUCAUAGACUUAACAAAAGACCUCCUGACGUCGCAGCCCUCUGAAGGUACUGCUUGUGCCAACAGCUCAGAUUCAGCCCCCCUGAAACACAGGUGGAGUGUUGGGGACAGGUGUAUGACUGUGUGGAGUCAGGAUGGACAGGUGUAUGAGGCUGAGAUUGAGGAGAUAGACGGCGAGAAUGGCACGGCGGCCAUCACCUUCUCCGGCUACGGGAACGCAGAGGUGGUGCCACUGCAGAACCUCAAACCUGCCGAGGAGGGCAAGCACUCUGGGGAUGACGGGAAAUCCAAGUCCAGGAAGGAGCAGAUAGCAGACCAGAGAGAGUACAAGAAGAAGAAGGCCCAGAAGAAGGUGCUGAGGAUGAAGGAGCUGGAACAGGAGCGAGAAGACCAGAAAUCCAAGUGGCAGAGUUUUAACAACAAGGCCUAUAACAAGAACAAGAAAGGACAGGUGAAGAGGAGUAUAUUUGCAUCGCCGGAGAGUGUAAACGGAAAGGUGGGAGUAGGAACAUGUGGCAUUGCAGACAAACCCAUGACCACGUAUCACGACACAUCCAAAUAUAACGUCAGGCAUCUAAUGCCACAGUGACCGAACAUGUUAUCUUGGUGUUAAAAUAUCCCAUUGUAUAGUAGCAGGAUCAGUGCUUACCAUUGUGGUUAUAUGGUUUAGGUUACCCCAGUAAAGGAGCUUUGAAACAAAUUGCUUGCUCACCAUUGGUUGGCUCAUUGGGAAAUUGUCCUUACCAGUAUAUCACAUAGAACAGCAGAAUUCUUAAUAAAAUAAAUUACCCCUGUAAUGGAGUCACAGCACAAAUAACGGUUGUGGUGAAAUGAGUCUGGGUUGCUGUAUCCUUCUGAAUGCAACAAAGGCCAAAAAACUAUGUUCAUGUUUCAAUGUUACACAUUUAUAGAUUUUUCAGAGUGAACUGGACUAUAAUAUCAUACAUUUUUACGGUUUAGUGAUAAGACCCUUUUUAAAGCAAGUCAUACAAAGCUAAUUUUACAUUUCAGCUUUGUAAAUUUACAAGGAAACAAAUUGUGGUUUUUGUUUAGAGGUUAGAUGCCCCUCUCUCAUUUUGCCCUGAAAUUGGGCCUUAACUUAAGUCUGAAUAAUUUUUCAUAUUGGUACUGAAUGUUGUUUAACACAGUUCCUCCAGAUGCCAGUAAUGUAUUUUGUACCAUCUUUGUUCUGUGAUGUACGUCAAUGACCUUAUGUCACUGCUGGUAAUAGAAGUUUUUAUAAUUUUUUUAUUAAAAUCAGGGAUGAGUUGUUGAUUCUCCUAUUAAACGCUCAUGUUUGUGUGA